UGAAGUUGUAUGGGUUGCCAGUAUCGCUCGCCGGCGGAUGCCGAAGGAAGGUGUGGCGCUCUAUCAGGUAGUGCACGUUUAAUCCGCUAAAUUAGCAGGUACCUGUUCCUUCCUUUGCAGAAGUCACAUGGGACACAUUUACUCCGCCUUUAACAGCCCGAGUGCGCUAUAAAUUAGAUGCCCGACGAAUGAAACGUUGCAACAGUAUUUGUUUUAUUCCACUUUGACGGCUGCUGAAAUCACAAUGGCUGAUCGCUUUCCCAUCGACGUCCGAAUUAACGGCAUAAUGUACAAAGACAAGACCAAAAUGUACAUGACAUCCGUGCUGUGGUCGGAUCAGACCGAAGUGACUGUGUGUAGAUCCCUCCAGGACUUCAAGGAAUUUCAUAAGCGACUGAAAAAACAAUUUGCAGUGGAUAAUCAACGAGAGAGAGUGCUCCCCAGAUUCAGAGGUCAAAUGCUAAGGAUGAACUUUCAGAAGUCCCCAGCUAUGCAUGUACGUCGUGGAAGGGCUCUGGAGAAGUACUGCACUGAGCUUCUGAACUGUGACCCCAGCAUCAGUGGUGCGGCAGACGUCAUUCAGUUCUUCCUUCCCAAAGAGCAGGAGUUGCAGCCAGAGUUUGUGCAGAACAGUGUGAUGAUUUUUCAACCAGAAGCUGUCCCUAAUGGCUUGGCCAGUAGAAAGCUAAGCUCUGGGAACGUGACGCAGCCGUAUGUCACCCAAACAUAUCGGUGUGUGGCUCCAUAUGAGACGAAGGACACUAAUAAUAGACCAUUUAAUGUUGCUGUGAAUGAAACACUGGAUGUUCUCAUCAAAGACCAAGCAGGAUGGUGGCUGGUGGAAAAUGAGUCCAAAUGUUUAGCCUGGUUUCCUGCUCCCUUCCUGGAGAUAUGUGAGGACGAAGAAGAAGAUGAUGAACUGGAUAACGCAGCUGCUCAAACUCCUCUGUACUGUGCUGCAAGGAGCUACACUGCUAAAACAAGAGAUGAGUUAUCAGUGGCCAUUGGCACCGUGCUGGAGGUGUUGCAGAAGUCUGACAAUGGCUGGUGGCUUGCUAGAUACAAUGGGAAGACAGGCUAUGUGCCCUCCAUGCACCUGCGGCCGUACACGGACCCGAUGUCCGGCCUGCAAAAGAAGCUCUACUGCUGCACCCUUAACCAGACCCCCACAGCCACUCUGGAGGGUGUCCCUGAGCGUGAGUGCAGCACUCCUGCCCAGUACGACAGAUUCAACAGCUGCUCAGACAGCAUUUGCAGCAGCAGUGAUGGCAUGGACGUCAGAUUCCACUCCGUCAGUUCUAUGGGCUCGAGCUUUGAGGAUGAGGAGGACACAGGAAAGCCAGAAAGCGAUUCAGAAUCUGACAGCGCACACAGUGGCGUGUCUGGGGAACCGCCAAGCCCUACCGAUUCAGAAAGCAGCAGACUGCCAAGAAUGCCACCUCGCCCACGCACCCGAGAGAUCCUCAGCCGCUGCACCACCUACACCCGCAAAGCUGCCCUGGCAACCCAGUCCCAGCUAUUCCCUGAAAGAUUUGGCCCUAACAAUUAGAGGGAGAAACCAUCUGGAAGAUAUUAGACCAAGUGCUUACAAUUUGUUAUGUUGCAUCUAUGUUAUGCUUUGGUUUACAGUCUGUUAUUCCGGUCCGAUACGGUGUUUAUGGUUCUUUGAACUCAUGGUUUGCUUAAAAGUGCAAUUCCUUAAGCAGGGGUUGGGUUCUUAUGCCAUACAUAUUAGGACGGCAUACAUUUUUUACAGCUGACGCUAAUUCUGAGUGCUCAGCUGUAUGUGAACAUGUCUGAAAAUGGCUAUGGUUAAGUGGUAAAGGGUCAAGCCAAGAGACCUCGACCUAUUCAUGAAAAAUGCCACUUUGCCAAAUUACUGAUUAAAUUAAUAUAUGGUGACAAUGUGACUAUACCAGCAAUGCCGGUACCCACAGAGUAAUAUAAUUUCAGUUAGAAAUGUCUUGUAGUAAUACAGGUUUUUAGUCUAUACAUAAUUCUCAUACUUCAGUUGUUUGGCAGGUGACAUAUUUAUCACGUUAUCAGAAAAAAGAAACACUAGGUAAAAUAAGGUAAAUAUGUUCUGCUAUAGUGAAGGUCAUUUUAUAACAUGAAUCAUUUUUCAUCUUCUAAUAAGACUAUUCUGGACUCGUCUUGAAUCUUAUUAACUUUGCAUUUUUUAUAUAUUGUACUUUUCAUGUACUGUAUUGUACUGUAUAUGAUCAAACAUUGUAUUCCAUAGUGGAGAUUUAUCAUGGUAAAAGUGUUUGUACUGCCUGUGUGAACAAAAUAAAUAUUGUUUACUUCUUA